CUCCAUUUUCCCGAGAAAAUAUGAGAGAGGGAUAAACGACGAAACCCCAUUGAAAGGUUAGAGAGUAGAGAGUCGAUAGAGAAUGGUGCAUUGCGGCCGCGGCCGCGGCGAAGGCGACGGCCUUACCAAAACCAUUUGCUCACUCUGCUGCAAAGACUUCGAUCCCGUUGUCGAGGACCUCCAAGUCAUCUCAAUCUGCGGCCAUGUCUUCCACGAGCUCUGUCUGCAAGAGUCGUUCGGAUACUAUGCGACCAAAAAGAGGAACAGUUGCCCGGUUUGCAAACAGAGUUGCAACCUGAACGACGUUGUCCGGGUUUAUUUUCAAUGGGCGGAUCCGAAUCUCAGUCAGAGUCAGAAUCAGAGGUCGAGUGUCGGAUGCGAGGAAGACUCCGAGGCGCUGCGGCAAGAGGUGAGGAGGUUGGAGGCCGUGGCGCUAGGGCUUGCUUCGGAUUUGGAGCUCAAGGAGGAGGAGCUCAAAUUGGUCAAAGAAGAGCUUUGUCAAUCCAAGGUGCAGGCAAGGAUAGAAGUUGCAUUAAAGAAUGAAGCCUUGAAACAGCGUACAUCUACGCAACAGCAGCUUCAAAUGAAAUCUGAGGAAUUUGAUAAAUUGACUUUGGAGUGUUUAAGGUUGCGAGAAAGAAAUAAGGCAUUGGACAAAGAGCUUGCAGUGGUCAAAUUGGUAUCUGAUCUAGAUCUGGAUAAAGAGGAGGUCUCAAAGCUUGCCACUUUUGGUGAUGGGGCCAACAACAAAGACACAAUAGAUGUUUUAAGCAUUUCCGUGGCAAUGUCUAAUAGGAGUUGCAAGGAAUGGAUGAACAAAUGUGAUCUUCUUGAACGAAAAGAAGCUCGUUACAGUAAAAAACUAGAGAAGGCUAAAAGAAAGAUAAAUAAGUGGAAGACGAAGGCACAAGAUUUGGAGACUGCUGUUGAAGUAAAGAGUACUGAACUUUUGAAGGCUUUAAAAGCUUUAAAGAAGCUUCAAAGAAAGCUGGAGUGGCAGCUGCUGAAACAAAGAAAGAAACUUCAGUCCAUGGGCUAAGGAAUCUGGCUGAGUCGCUGGGUUUAUCAACUGGUACAUGUAAUGAUCCUGCCAAGACUCCAGCUUCUGAUAUUGCUGAAGUUGUGAUUAUUGACGACGAUGAACAAGUUCAACCGACGCUGAACAUCAAAAGGGAAUGUCGUGUUCCACAACCACUUCCCAGACCAGGGGAUGUGUGUUUUUCUAGUGGCUUGCUCGGCCCUGAUGGCACAAACAGGUAUUUAGGUAAAUGGUGCAAGCGGAGGAAUAAGAAUGGAUCGGCAAUAACGCAAGAUCCAAUACCUAUGAGCUGAUGGAAGAGGAGGAUUAAAAGAACUAAAUCACUUGAAAACGAAGAGGUGCAAGUACGGAUCCAAAGACAUAGAUUGCAGGACUAAGAGGAGAACUAAAUCACUUGGAAAAAGAACAGUUGCAAUUUGUUUCUUGAGAUGAAAAUGUAGUGUCUUUGUACAAAGGUCCUCCAAGUUUGUGCAUGUGGUGUAUUUUGGGGCAGUUGCUACUUCAAUUUUGCAGACAAACAUGUCGACGAAGUUUGACGGUGAAAUUCUUCCUUUUCUCUUGCUCUCUUUUGUGGUCUUAAGACUAGUUUUAAACAUUAAUGUAAAUUCUAUCUCCAUGCAUUAGUGAGAAAUGAAGUUUCCAAUACUUGUGAUUGCAAUUGCAUACAUGAAUUAUGGAUGA